CGUUAGUGAAAGAACAAUCUCUGUCAAUUUGGCAUAGAAGCUUUUUCACUUUACCAUACUGUGCCAUUAUGCUCUCUGUACAAUUUUUUCUUUUUCUUUUUCAACCAACUACUUAACCAUUGAGAUGCAAUACAAGCUGUUCAUAGAUCGUUUUCUCCAAAUUUCUCUCUCCACACAAUCUGUUAAAUAUAUAUAUUUGUAAGGUCCUGUAUGAAUCUGUUGCACACCUAAUCACAGGUAUGGAUUUGGAAGAUGGUGCUAAAAGGAAGCUUGAGAUAAAAAAAUCAAAGGGUGGGAGUAGAACUAGUCUAGCUUCUAUGGAGUCCUUGUCCAUGCCUCAGGUUCAAGAGGUUGUUCUCUCUGCAGACAUGCAAUGUGAAAAGUGCCAGAGAAAGGUUACUGACAUUAUUACAAAGAUGAAUGAGACAGAGUCCGUAUUGAUUAAUGUUUUGGAAAAGAAAGUGACACUUACUUUCAAAUCACCAUCUAUGGAGAAACUCAGCACUCGACAAAUUACUCAGAUCAACAAGAAUUCACUCCCCAAAAUUGCUAUCAUCAAACGGAUCUUUCGCUCUUCCCGUCAUUGAACAAAUAUUCAUAAUAUUUUUGUACAUUCAUUUCACUAUGUACAUUCUAUCAGUUUCCUCAUUGCAUAAUGUGUUUGACACUGAUGAAGUGUAUUCAUGACUCCAUCUGAUUUCCACUAAAUUUACUUAGUGAAAAGUCAACAAUAUUAUUUGAACAUUUAAAUAUAUGACUUGUUAAAGUCAUAGAUAGUAACUUUCU